AUGCCUUCACUCCACUGGGACAGCAUAUUGGUUGGAAUUACCUGUUGUGUAGUGACUGUGACCCUUUAGGUGCUGUGUAUUUGGCAGUUUGUCCUCAGGGUUAAAACAGUUAAUUUCUGUGAAGCCAGUACUUGCACAGUGAACAUUUCUGAAUGCAUUAUAAAAACCUUUACUUUUGAAUGGAUUAUAGUGGGUAAAUAUGGCAAAUCCAAAGAGAAAUGCAAACCUGAUACGUUGCAUGGUAACACUUCAAUGGCAAUCUGGAUGUGCUCCAGAAAGGGAACUCCUACUUUAGAACUUCCCAAAAUUCUGAAUUGUAAUGAAAACCUGGACUCCCUAGCAUCACAAGUUCUCUUCUUGCUGUCCUACUUAGAUGUUACUCUGCUUUCUGUUGCCUGUUUGAUAGUUUCUACACUCUAUUGCCUUCUGUUUAUAAAACGUCUUAAAACUCCGAAGUCACCUGUAACGUGGAUAUUAGUGAGUCUCUAUUUCUCUAUGCUCAUUUUUAACAUCAUCUUCAUCUCUGGAAUUGGAAAUCAAAAUGCCAGGAAUCACAGCAGCGAUACCACCAGCUACUGCCAGCAAUACCUUCCUUAUGAUACCGCCAGUAACACCUUACUCACAUCUGAUGUAGAUCCUCCCGCAGACUCCUGGUGUACGGCUGUGGCUGUCCAACUGCGCUACUUUUUGUUGGUGACAUUUAUAUGGACAGCACUCAAUUUGGCACAGUUGUACUUACUGCUGCUUAGAGCCAUGAAGCCCCUGCCUGGACUCUUCCUCAUAACCAUGUUAGUGAUCGGUUGGGGAAUCCCUGCUGUAGUAGUUGCAAUAACACUUGGACCUACUUACAGAGAAGGAAUAGCUUUAAACCACCAACAGAAAGAAUUUUGCUGGCUUGCAGCACUGGAUCAAAAUCAGAAUUUCAGUGUGCAAAAGCCCAUGUUGUGGUCGUUCCUCUUGCCAGUAGCACUCAUACUCCUGUUUAACAUCAUCAUCUUCAUCAAGAUCAGUGUGUCUGCGACAUGGAAGAAGAAUGUGAAUUUGACAAGGAAUAAAAGGGAUUCAUUUAUGAAAAAGAUGAUUGCCACUGUCUCUAUUGUAGUAGUGCUCAGAAGCACCUGGAUGGUAGCCUACCUCAUGUUAAUAAGUCAGGAAGAAACAAGCCUUGUUUUCAGCUGUUUUGCUACCCAUGUUAAAGGACUUCAGAUUUGUAUUCUGUACACUUUCAGAUCACCAAUCUUCAAGAAAAAAGUUUCUAAAGUGUUUCCUGUUUUCUGGGUGCCAGAGGUACCACUGUAUCUGCAUUCAAAAACUUAGUAUGUUUCAAAAUCGCAGCUUGCAAAACAUUCACAGGAAACUUUCAGAUCAACGCAGACUUUUUCAGAGAAAAUUUCCUCGUCUACCUUCCCUAACUGGAGUUAG